UGCAUUUAUGUCGCUGCUACGGUCAUACUGGCUCGCAAAACCAACACAAAUAAAAAAAUCUGAUUAGAAAUUUGGCAAUUUUAAAAGGGCUCGCAUUACAAACUCAUUCCAGGAAUCCGAGAUUCCGCUUUCGUUUAAGUAGCAGAAUUGAUAAAAUGUGUGCGUUGAAUGUAUUGUGCAAUUGGUCGCCAUGCUAAUAAUAUGUGUAAAUAAGCUUUAAUUAGUGCAGUUGCAAAUUGCGUGUUACAAAACUGGAUAGAAGAAGGAGAUCAUAACAAAACAAAAAAGAAAGGGGAAGAAGAAGCACAAUGUCCAACGGGGACAACAAUGCUGGCGAAGCAUUUGUCAUUUAUUACAAUAACAAUGCUCUGCAGCUGCAGUGGAAGGGGGUGCCGCCCUUGACCCGCUCGCCCGCAUUGCGACUCUGCUACAUGGGCAGCAACAGAGAGGAAACUGUAAGUGAGGCUCCAACUGGAAGUCGAUCCGAUUCCAAUUGGCUGCUGCUGCUGACGGCAGAUCAUUCGCUGUAUGCAGCGCAGCUGGCGACAGGCAGCAGGAUCUUGGAGUUGAGUCUUUUACGCACUGACAUUGUGGAUGUGGAUUUCUGUCGCGGCAGUCGCCAGCUCUUUGUGGUGCUCACCAGUGGCAGUGUGCAGCGUCAACUCGUCACUGGCGGCUAUCGACCAAAUGCCUGGCAAACGCUCAGCUUUGAUCCGCUCGAGCUGCACGACGAGGGCGUCAGCAUGCGUCGGGUUUGCUGCUCCGAACAGGGUGUGGUCUUUGUCAGCGUCAGUGGCGCCACCUAUGUGCUGGGCAGCUGUGGCGAGGUGUUCAACGCGGAGCAACCACGUCACAUGCGUCUCUGCGAGGAGGGAAAACAGCUGCUGGAUUUGGUCGCCGGCGAUGAGCAUUUUGUCAUGUUGCUGGCGCCACAUCAACCCGCCGACGAUGUGCUGCAGUUGCAGGAGCAGCAGGAGGAGCGGGGAUCUCUGAAGUCCGUGCAUAGCGGCAGCUCGGAGCACAGCUUUGCAGCCAACACGCGACAUCUGCUGCAGCAGGGAUAUGCGCUGCUCCACACGCAGCUCUUCACGUUUGGUGCCUCCAAUGGCGGCCUGCUAGGCACUGGAGAUCACAUCAAGCGCGCCCAUGUGGCACGUCUGGAGAAACUGGACGGCAUGGGCGUGUGCAGCAUUGCGGCGGGCAGAGAACACAGCGUGGCACGCACCCUGGACGGACGACUCUAUCACUGGGGUCUCAACAAUCAGCAGCAGCUUGGCGACGAUCUCAGCUCGCCCAUGGAAAUCUGCUUGGCCGAGCAACUGACGCCGGAGCAGCACACAGCGCUGGAGGCCACCUGUGGCGACUACCGAACGCUCUUGCUCAAUGCGGCUGGACAGAUACAGACAUUGCCCCACGUCCAAACGCAGUCCCAAUCCCAGUCCAGCACCUAUGAGCAGACACUGCUGCAUCUGCAAAUGGGCGCCGCUUGGCCACGUCAGAUGCGUCUCCUGCACUGUGCCGGCGGCUACACGCUCCAGAAUUGCCGUCAGUUCCAGCGACAGUAUCACUACUUUCUCAGUCACCUGGAAUCGCAGCUGCAGUUGCUGCUCAAGCAGCGGCAGGCAGUCCAAAUCCUGCUCAUCUGGGAGCUGCCUGCACUGGCGCCGCUGCUGCUCAACUGGGAGCGCAUUGUCUGCCUGGUGGCAGCCACAUUGCAUUCCCUGGAGGGCUUCUAUCGAGCGGACUAUGUGCAGCCGGCGGAUCUGCUGUUCAUCUGCUACCAUCGCGAGUAUAUUGAGCUAUUUGAGAGCUACACGAAGUCCUAUUGUGAUGUGCUGUCGGUGAAUGGAUUUGGUGAGGCGGUGGCCACCAUUGGAUCACCGCCAUUGAGUAACCACAAUCCGCUGGCGGAGUUGGCCGAGGAGAGUUAUCUGACGCGUCUAUUCCAGCAGCCAUUUGGCGUCUAUCAACAGUUUAUGCAGUUCAUGGAGCUGCUGGUCAAGACACAGCCGGAGUACGAUGAGCAUCGGGUGGCCUGGUCCGAGUUUGCACGGAUGAGCUGCAUUAGCCAGGAGCUGGCGGUGAAUACCAAAGAAUUCUGGAGCAGCAAGGAGUGUACACCCCGCAUUGCCCAUCUGCGACAGCGUGAACGUCGUGUGAUCCUCACAUCCGCCCUGGUGCCGCUCAAGCUGGGCAACACUGGCAUCAGCAUGUCCAGCCACAGCUUUAUACUCUUUUCCGACUUCCUCUGCCAGCUGGGAAGCCAUUCCCUUCAGACCUAUCCAUUGAACGCCUUGUGGGUGUGGACAGAGGGCGAACUGGGAUUGAGGAUUACCACGCCCGAGAAGAGCUUUGUGUUAAUCACACGCAAAUCGGAAUCCCGCAAGGUUUGGCUCGAUCAACUGCAGUCCAGCAUUGUCAGCGCCUUGGGUCGACCCCUGGGCAGUCCUGUGCCCAGUGUUAGAUCUACGGCCUAUGAAUAUAGUCGCGAGCAUCCAAAGUUUAGCAGGGUCAAGGCUUGUGGCACCUGGCGCAAGGGAGUGCUCCAUGGCAACUGCUAUCUGGAGUAUCCCGAUGGCAGUGUCUACUGCGGCGAGAUGCAUCAUGGCGUCAUUGAAGGGUAUGGAAAGAUGGUUAUUCCCUCGACGGGCGUCUAUGUGGGCAACUUCAAAGGCGGCCGCUUUCAUGGCUAUGGCGUCUAUGAGAUCCAUGGAAAUGGCGCUCACGACAGCGAAAUCUAUGAGGGCAACUUCUGUGAGGGACUUUUCCAUGGUCACGGCAUGAUGAGGAACAAUCGCUACAUCUACGUUGGGGAGUACAUGGCCAACACACGCAGUGGCUAUGGCGUCAUGGAGGAUCUCAUCAGUGGCGACAAAUAUAUGGGCAUGUUUUUGGAUAACAAACGUUGUGGCAUCGGCAGCUGCAUCACGAAUCGUGGUGACUACUUCGAGGGCAACUUUGCGGCCGAUGAUCUCACGGGCAGCGGUGUCGCUGUCUUCGAAAACGAUUAUUACUACGAGGGCGAACUGACGCUCCAAGGUCCCAACGGACGAGGCGACUACUAUAUGCCCAGCAGCGAUGCUGGCAAUCCUCUGGGUGCCAGCGAGGAGGAUGACGACAACUAUGAGCUGAUUGGCAACAAGAUGUUUGGCCAUCUUAGUGGCACCUGGGAAACGGUGCGCAUUCAAACUGGCGAGCUGGCGCUUAAUCGAAGAUUUCCAAAAUAUCCCAGCACACUUGGUCGCAUGGUGUUGGAUCACAAUCGCAAGUGGCGCGCCUUGUUCCACAACUUUGAGUCGGAUGUGGCCAACUGCAGCAUUUCCACGAGUAGCAGCAGUUCACUAGCUGGCAUCUCGAUGGGCACGCUCAAGAAAUCUGCAAAAACGACGCUGAGCACGGCGCAGAUCUGGAGCUGCAUUGCCAUCUAUAUGAACAAGCAGCGGGCACGUGAUGCCGCCAAGCCCGGCAACUAUUUUAACAACAUUCUGCUCAGCCUGCCGCUGCCACCGAAGUCAUCGUCCCCGGCGCAGCUUGCUACGAGCAGCACGCCGACUUCGCAGGCUUCGCUUGUGUCCGGCAAACAACAGUCCACACUGGACUUGCUCAACUCGACGCCGCGUCGCAUUCACUCGCAGGAAACACUCUGCAGGAAACUGGAGAACCUACAGAGAUCAGACAGUUUGCUAUCGAUUGGUCACAACUCCACAAUGGACACGCGAAGUUUGGUUAGCUUUGGUCUCGACGAGAGUCUGUUGAAUCAUAGCUUCAAUGGUGAAUCGAAUGCGGGCAAUCUGAGCAGCAGUUUCAGCAACAUGUCGCACCACAACCACAACAACAACAAUAACAACAUAUCGAAGCAUAGAAAAAACAGCAGCUGCUCGAUCACAUCGACAACCUCCACUGGCAGCACAAUGCUGGAACAGGUGCCCAGUUUUGGAAUGUCGUCAACACUCACCGAGCAUGAUGUGACUUGCAUACGCUUGUAUCUGGAGCAGGCCUUCAAGGAUCGUUAUCAUCCAUUGUAUGCGUUGAACGAACGCAUAGCGAACUGUUUCCAUUACUCGUAUGGAUACUGGAAGGUGAAACCCACUCCGAUUCUGGCCAAGCAGGCGAUGCGUGAAUGGGAAUCCAUAUCGAAACGUAUUUAUCGCUUUGUGCGUAAAAUGUUUCCUGCCUUGCCCGAGGAUUACUGUCAUCUGGAGGGCACCAGGGAGGUUAUCUCCCAUAUUACACUCCUCUAUCCAUUGGUGUUAUCCGAGGGCAUCUAUUCCACUCUCUUUGUACUCUAUGCCAACAAAUAUAAUCGCAAGGAUGAGAUAUACAGACAAAACUUAAACCACGCCGAGAAGCUUAACGAUGACGAACUGGUCCAACUGCUGGGCCAUGACAGUUGCCUGAAUGCCGUGAUGCUGGCUACGCAAUUCGAUACGGCGGUGCAGACUUUAAAGCAGCUGCAGGAGAAAUUUAGUCCUCAGGAUAUGUUGACUGUGAUACAGCGCAGCAUGGAGCUGCAAACGGAGGCCUAUGAGCACGCCAUGGCAACAAAUGGAUCGCAGCUCAAUGCUGACAAUAUGAUACCGCUCUCUAUGCUGUGCAUGCUACGUGCCGCAGUGCCACAUUUGGGUGCGGAGCUGGCGUUACUGGACGAUCUGACGGGUGGCCCUAAUUUCCAGGCCGAAAUGAAUGGCAUGGCCGGCUAUUGUUAUACCACACUCAAGGCUGCCUACGAGCAUAUCACAAUGCGGACUCUCCAAAGGACACCUUGAACUCGAACUCAAACCAAAUCUGGACACGUAUAUUAAUGUUUUUUUUUGUUUUGUUAUUAUUGUUAUGGCUUUUUAUGCAUCGAUCAAUUUACUCGUAUAAUUGCUAAUUUAUGCAUCUUAAAUCAAUAUUUAUGUAAUCGUUAUAUAGAGACUGUAUAUAGAAAAACCAAACCAACUGUUCACAUAGCUUAGGCUUAUCAUUCAAAUGUACAGUUAAAAGGUCGAGGGGUUGCUAUGAUCGCAUAUUGUUGAUCUGUUGAUCUAUGUGUAAUGUAUAUGUAAUAAUAUAUCUGUCAUAAUACUUCAUAUUAGCUUACAAUUUAAGACUAACACAUUCCCAUUAAAUAAACUAUUUAACGAAACUCGA